AUGGAGACCACGGGCGGAGAUGCGGCUCUCUCUUACUUGGAGAGAGCUGGAGACAGAUACUACGAUCUGGAACAUCUGCCUCCGCUGCUGGAGGAUGAGGAGAACGUGUCUCUGGCAGACAUCCUCUCUCUGCGGGACAGCUGUUUGUCUGAGGAGGAGGUGUGGGCGGUGUGUGCAGAGUGUGUCGUGGCCCUGCAGAGCAUCAGGCCCUCCCACCUCUUUCACAGCCUGUGUAUUACGCCAGACACGCUGGCCUUCAAUGCCCAUGGGAAUGUUUGCUUCAUGGAGCAGCUCAGUGAUGAUCCAGAAGGCUCCUUCGUUCCUCCUGAGUUUGACAACACAGGCAGCACGUUUGAGGGCCAUAUUUACUCUCUGGGCUCGACACUUUCUGCCGCACUGAACUUUGUGAUCGAGCCAGAGCUCGAGGCUGAGCUGGGAGAAGAAGUCCAGAAGCUGUUGGAGCAGAUGCAGGAGGAGAAGCCUGAGGAUAGGCCGCUCCUGCAGGACAUCGUGUCUGUGGCUGAAGCACGGCUGUCUCCUACCUCCUCUGCAGCUUUGUGCCGGAAACUGUCUUCUGUCGGGCGACGGGUGCUUUCCAUUGAAUCGGUUUCAACGUUUCAAGAUGGACAGGAAAGUUCCUGGCAGGCGAGAUGGCAGCAUUCUAAACCCAGAUGUCUGCUGAGAAGACAGAGCUCGGAUGAUAAUACUUCAGACCUAUGCAGUGACACUUCUGUUAAGACAAACGGUGUGUCCAGGCAGCAGGUGUGCAGGGGCUGGGAUUCCUCUCUGUGGGCUGAGGAUAUGGAAACCAGUGACGGAGACGGUACAGUGUUGGCAGAUGAGGUGGACUGCAGGUCCCACAACAGCUCCCCAGUGAGGAGGAGGGUCCAGCAGAGGCUGAACAGAGUGAGGGGGGCUCUGAACCGCUCCUGCUCCGUCCCGGACUCCAACAACCCCCGCUGUCUAUCCCCUCCAACACAUGGAGAUAUCAGUGAACCAGUGUGCGACCUCACUGAGAUUGGGGCAGACGAACACUCGAGCUGCACGUCUGUGUGGAGUGACAGACUGCAAAGACUCAACCGGGGCCAGUCCUGUGAAUGUUACCCAAACAGCCGCACUGAGGAUUACGGGAAUUCCGUUGCGGACAACCAAAUGUCACAAGAGAACAAAGACGCUGCAGAAGCUUCACGCAGAGGAGAAUCAAAGAGUCAAGAGCACCGUGAACGUGAAUCCAAGGACUGUAUCCAGGAUUCAUCAUCUCCGUUUACUUCCUGUCAGGACCUGGAAACAGCACAAGAAUCUCCGGGGGAACAGAGCUCAUUGAGCCACGGCCUCUACAUUCCUAACAACCACAUGACCAAAAGCAUGCUGUGCCUGAAUGAAGAGUCUCAGGAUGAGUGGAUCUCUCUGCGAGAGCUGCUCACACGUUAUGGACGGAGGCUGACGGUCAAUGAGCUGUGGGCUCUGUGCUACACCUGUCUGUCCUCACUGCAGACCUACAUUGACUUUCCAGCCUAUUUAUGUCUGGACACAUUGUACGUGGGCUGCGAGGGAGAGGUGCUGUUCUUGAAACCUAAAAACAUCGGUACGCUUUUUUGACUUGAUUAAAUUUCAUUCUUUGCAGGACCCAGAGAUGAAUUUUAUCUUGCUCCUGAGUAUCAAGAACACGGCAUUGUGACUGAAAAGGUCUGUGUGUACGGAGUUGCUGCUAUUCUCUGGUCCACGGCCAAGUUCAGUUUAUCGCCUUCUCAAAAACUGCCAAUGCCUCGCAAGCUGAAGAGACUGCUCCUGGAGAUGGCGAAGAGGACGCCCAUUGAGAGACCAACCAUCAUUACGGCUAAGAAGAGCUGUCGUGACUACUUAUCCCGUGAAGGGACAAAUGCAGAGACUGUGUGGAACAACCUGAUCAGCCGAGUUCACCCGCCAGUCUCAGAAUCCAAUGAUGCAGAAGAUUUGAGUGCAACAGAAACUGGUCACAGCUCAUAUGAAGAGUCGGAGCUAAACAACAGCGGCUUUUUGCCAAUGGCCACUGAGAGCCGCUUGGCUCCUGUGCCUGGCCCUGUUCCCCACAGCUAUCCACUCAGCAAGGGACAACAACUCCCAGAGGCCUUCACUUCCACCGCCACACACUUCACCCCCAUCGUCCUGACCAGUGAAGGGGACUCAGAGGAGGAGAGCCACCGCGUUGGAGCUGCCACUGAAGGGGAUGUGGAAGGUUUCACAGAAACCAGUGAAAAGAUGGAGGAAAAUGAUGUUGAUUUCUCUCCCCACUCUGAGUGCCCACAUCCAGCACAGACUGAGCCCAGUCUACAUACUGAGGAGCUGCCUGUUUAUCAGCCAGUCGUAAAAACAACUUCUUCAACCUUCAGCGCCAAUAUAAAGCUCCACUCUUCUUCCUUUCUCCCUGAUAUUUCUUGUCUUGAAGUGUCUCUUCCUCAGUCUUUAUCCACCAACCUCAAUGGCUGUGGUGUCUUCAACAAUUACCUCUUUUGUCAGGAUCCCACAACAGGACAUCUUUCUUUAGUGCCUGUGCAGGUCAGGGCUCCCGAGUCUCUCCUCGGGUUGGAUAUAAAUCUCUCCCUGGUCCCACAGCCUCUGCAAGGAUUAAUCACAGUUCCAGAGAACACUGAAGGUCCGUUUAUUAACUGUCUGAAUGUGCCUGUGAGGCCGAAACCCCAGGAUUGUGACCCGCCAUCAAACGUCAGCGGGAGCUCCAUCAUUUCUGACAGCCGCUCGGAGCGCAGUGUGACCAGAGUUUUAAAUGGACAAACAAAUCCGGGGACACGAGUCGAGAGGCAACUUCCUGCAGAGUCCAUCCGCCCCAAAGUCCACCCUGCCUUACAGGAGGUGAUCGACCUGCUCACAGGAGAGUUCUCACUUGAUGGGUGUUUGGAUGAUGGACAAGAGGACCUCGCCAUGGGGGAGUACAUCUUCUCGUUGAAGGACCUCCAGUACCACACGUUUGCCUGUGUUGUGAAGGAGAGGUUCGGUGGUCUAUACUGGGAAGACGACUUGCUGGGUGUUCUUCACUGCCUCGUCAACUACAGCCCAUCCACACUCGGCUCUAAUGAGCAUCCUUCAUCAAAGGCUGUGAAAAGGGCAGACAGUACACCACCUUUGAUUGCAUCCGUGUGGAGAGAGAAGACAGAAGUUUGCUUGCACGGCCAUCUUGAUCUAAAUGGAAACAUUCACACCUCCAGUCCUGCUACCGUGGAUUCUAUGGAAGAGGCCGAGGCCCGCUCCUGUCCUGAAGAAAACGAGAGUAGUCAACAGUGCAUCAGUCAAGGCGCGAGCACGGACGGUUCUGACGCAGGGGUCAUGGAGGGAGGGGAUCAUUCAGUGGGGGGCAGCGAUGAAAGCCCCUCUGAAGCCGAGUUUCUGUCGGCGAGAGAGGACGUUCUGCUGGGAGCCCUCCAUGAUGAGCAGAUGAGCCCGGACUGCUUGGAGGACAUGGAGGACAGCGACUCCCCGGUGUCAGAGCGGCUCCUCUUGCCCGGAUCCAAAGCAGGAGGAGCGGGCCUCAGCGUGAGCCCGGCAUGGACCUUGGCCUUUUUUGGAGAAGACAGUUUCAGUCCAGAGGUGAUGCAGUAUGCGGUGAAUCUGGGACAGCACACGGGAUCGCCAUGUCUGGACUCGAAAACCCAGGAACUGCAGCAGCAGCUGAUAAUUGAAACAAGGAACUUGAAGAAAACUAGAAAUUUCUACCAGAAGCUCAUUCUACAAGAGAGAAAAAAUAAAGGCUCUGGGAGCAAAUUGAUGCUUUCCAAACUCAAGUCCCAGCUUGAGGAACUCAGAUCCAAGGUGGUCUUCUUGGACUGCGUGAAGAAAUACCUUGAGAUUCUCAGUGUAGAGCAGUGGGGCUUGGAGGUUUCAUUAUUACCCUCUUUGGCGGUCUCAGGAUCCAGCUCCUUGGACCUCCAGUCCUCUGAGGACCCCUCUGGUCUGAACUUUGGCUCCAGCAAAGGGAAGAGAACUCUGCAGGCUGGCUCUCCGCUGGGCCUCAUGGCUUACCUCUACACCAGAAACGCGGCUGUGGAGGGCUACAUCCAGCAGUUCCUUUAUACCUAUCGUUUCUUCUGCACGCCUGAGCAGUUGCUGCGGUUCAUAAUGGAUAAAUUCAUCAGUGCUGCAAGAGAAGCUCCAGAAAUGUCAGCAGAGAGUGAAAAGAUCUUCCAUCGCAGUUUGGACCUGCUCCAGUUCUGGAUAACAGACUGUCAACAGGUGGACUUCGCACCAAAGUCCAGCUUGGUGGAUACAUUAGAAACAUUCCUUAAUACUGAGGUAAUUCCUGUUGACAGCCGGGGGCAGGACCUUCUUGCUGCUCUCCACACUCCACCGAGUACAAGUUGGAGCCAUGGAAGAGGAAGUCUCAUCAGCAUUGAGGAGGACUAUGGCUCUGUUUGCUUACAUUCAUCUACUGAGGAUCUCAGCAGAAAGUGGAGGAUCUCAAGAGUGGUGGAGCCCUCCGCAUCUAUGCCUAAAGAUCAGGCUUUCUCCAUUGCUGCAGCUUUGCCUAUGCCUUUCUACGGCGCCCUGGUGGACAGUCCCUCCAACGUCUGCCUGCACAGUGAGGAGCGCUUCCCGUUCAGCCAGAACGAUUACAGUGCACAGCACAUAGCCCAGCAGCUCACCCUCCUGCAGCAGGAAAUAUUCCAAGGAUGUCAUCCAGUUCACUUCCUCAACUCGAGAGUGCAAGGAAUCAGAGACAACGUGUUGAUCCCAAACAAGUGCCCCAUUAGGAAUGUGUCACAGCACAUCCCGCCAGCAGAGGGCAGCAGUCUUCAUGUAUGUGAGGGGACACCAUCAGACAGUCACCUGCAGCAGCUGCUCACUUAUGCUGAAAGUGUCACAAACUGGAUCUCCUCUGAAAUCGUCAUCUGUGACUCCACCAAGACACAAGUUGCUUUGGUGACCAAGUAUCUGUGGAUCGGAAAACACUGCUACGAAUCGAGAAACUUUGCCACGGCCAUGCAGGUCCUCGGAGGUCUGGAGAACGUGAUUGUCGGGCAAUUACCAGCUUGGAAGCAGCUGUCGUCCAAGGUGUUUGAGAUACUGGAGGAGCUGCGAGCUGUGCAGGUGUUUCUGAAGAGUGACGACCUGUGUCUGAUGGGUGGGGAACACCUGAGGCCGAGGCCCACCCUGCCGCCGGCACAUAUCCUGGCCAUGCACGUCCAGCAGCUGGAGAUCGGAGCCUUCACACUCACUACUGGAGCCUACAAGUGGACCAAGCUCAGGAGCAUAGCAAAGGUUGUGAGUCAGGUCCACGCCUUCCAGGAGGCGGUGUACUCCUACAGCCCGGACCGGGAACUGCAGUCCUACCUUCAGCGCCGCAUCGCCCGGCUCGCCACCUCUGACAUCCGCCUCUUGGCCGCCGACAACGAUCCCAACAUCCAGCAGUCCAGCGAGCGACAGACAAGGAGAAUCCAGGACACGCUGAAGCGGGUCAAGGCCUCCUUCCAGUGA